AUGGCAACACCACCACCACCACAAUUAUCCUCAACCUCCACACAACCUCCCUCCCCCUCCUCCGCCUCCUCCAAUCCCCAACAACCAUCACCACCAAAAACACAACCGCCCCUCCCCCGCUUCCUCGACAACGACCCCGCCCGCACUGGCUACGACCCGACCGUAAAAUGGUGGCUGAACUACUUCCGGAUCAUGACCGGCCAGGUAACCCGCGAAGGGGUGGAACACUACCGCGAAGACCGGUACAAAGCGAACGAGGCGCGCGACUGCGCACGGUGCGAGGCGGACCGGGCCUAUCUCUUCGCGUACUCGCCGACGAUCCGGUUCCUGCGCGACAAGGUGGCGGCGCUCAACGGCACGCUGGACGAGACCAACGUGGUGUGCCGGCGGUGUCCGGCGCGCGUGGCCGAGGAUGGGCGGGUGAUCCGGGCGUCGAUGCUUAGCGGAGAGUGCCGGUGGACGAGAGAGACCAUGACACGGGGCAACUGGACAUUGACACAACAGUUUCAGAACUGCGUGCGGAUGCGGGCGAUCCAGUCCGUCAUGGCACGGCCGACCUGCAGGGACGACGUACAUGCGACCAAGGUCGUCAAUGAGGUGUGGGACUCGUGCUUCUCAGACAAGAGGCCAUUUGAGGAGGUGUAUCGCUGA